CCACCGCCGCCGCCGCCGCCGCCGUCGACGACGACGACGACGACGACGACGACGACGACGACGACGACGACGUCAAGCGACGUCGACGACGUUCUUCGUCGCGUACCUCGCGCUACCGUUACCCAAUCCGCUCGUAAUUGUAUCUGGACUUAAUUAUUGGGGCUGCCAAAUAACAUCGCAAUCUUACAAGAGCACGAAGCAACCCCAAUAAUUGGAAAAUGUCCGGAUUCGUAGCGGCGGGUCUCGUAGCCUUCGACUCCUUGAAGACGAAAGCGACACUGAAAUUAUCCGAAUUGAGAAGAAGAGGAGACAACACCGGUUACGAGGAGUUCGAACCUUCGUGCGAGGGUAGCAAAGACAAUAGAGCAUUCGAGGAUGAAAGGGGAUAUAGGGCGCAGCCUUCGUUGGAUUCGCUUCCGGAGCCAGAAAGACCACCAUUACGGCAUAUCGAUACUUAUUGCAUGCCAGAAUGUCCAUGUCUAUCAAAAAGGUACACCAUCGCGACGCUAGCUUGUAUAGGAUUCAUUAUUUCAUUCGGUAUGAGAUGCAACAUGGGUAUGGCCAAGCUAGUUAUGAAAAACACCACGGAAGGUGAAAAUAACACUUUCAAGUUUAAUUGGACGGUCGGCGUGGAAAGCGCCCUUGAUUCGUCAUUCUUCUGGGGUUACCUGAUAACGCAAGUACCCGGUGGUUUCCUCGCGUCAUUAUAUCCUGCUAACAGGAUAUUCGGCACGGCCAUCGCGAUAUCGUCAUUUUUGAACUUGCUAGUACCCGGUGCGCUGAAGGUAGAUCCUAUCCUUGACAUGUGUGUACAAGUGCUGAAAGGAUUAGUCGAGGGUGUUACAUAUCCAGCGUGUCAUGGUAUUUGGAAACAUUGGGCACCGCCUUUGGAAAGAUCGCGUCUGGCCACAUUAGCGUUUUGUGGAUCGUAUGCUGCAAUGGUGAUAGGUAUGCCGCUUUCUGGAUACCUGAGUUCCUGGUUUGGCUGGCCUGCGUCGUUUUAUUUCUACGGUAUCUGCGGUUUGAUUUGGUAUUGCGUCUGGUUGUGGCUAGCCUUCGAAAAGCCGGCGAAACAUCCCUGUAUUUCGGCUCGCGAGUUACGUUACAUCGAGGAUUCGCUCGGACAAGGGCAAGUGCAAGCACCCAUGCCCACUCUGGCGACCACUCCCUGGCGCAAGUUUCUCACGUCGAUGCCCGUAUACGCCAUCAUUGUUGCCAAUUUUUGUAGAUCAUGGAACUUUUACCUUCUGGUACUCUUUCAACCGCGUUUCAUGCACGAGGCUUUUAAAAUGGAGCUUGUCGAGACCGGACUGAUUGGAUCGCUUCCGCAUUUGCUAAUGACGAUGAUUGUACCUUGCGGUGGAUUGCUGGCGGAUCAUCUUCGGAAACGUGGCAUCAUGUCAACGACAAAUGUCAGGAAGGUUUUCAACUGCGGUGGUUUCGGUAUGGAAGCGCUCUUCUUCCUGGUGGUGGCCUACGCGACGACAUCCGAGAACGGAACCGCAGCUACGGUCGCUCUCACGUUCGGCGUCAUGUGCAGCGGCUUUGCCAUUUCUGGUUUCAACGUCAAUCAUCUGGACAUCGCGCCAAGAUACGCCAGUAUCUUAAUGGGUAUGUCCAACGGGAUUGGCACCAUCGCCGGUUUGUUGGUUCCUAUUUUUGUGGAUAAUAUCACGGUAAAAAAGGAUUCACACAGUUGGCGAAACGUUUUCAUCACAGCUGCGUGUGUUCACUUUUUCGGAGUGACGUUCUACGCCAUUUUCUGUUCCGGCGAGUUGCAACCUUGGGCCGAUCCCACUACGGAAGAACAAAAAAGUUGGAAUGCCAUGGACGAAUUUGGCCAGACAAAACCGCCCGUUCCACCUCCGCCAAGAACUAUGCAAUCUGAAUUUAUAAAACAACCGUCCGGAGAUGGAAGUGCCACUGACAAUUGGAAUACUUACGAGCAGCCACCGGCUGAAAAUCAUUUGUACGCACGACAGGACAGUAAGGGAGCGGUAAUAAAUUAUGGCUCGACAGAGACCAACGACAGCAAUCCAUUUCACUCGACGAAUCCGUUCGCCAGAGACGUUAACACGUCUUUCGUACAACCACCAGCAACGGAUGACUACACGCAUGACAUCGUGCACAAUCAGCAGUGGAACUGAGAAUGGUCGACCACCGGAUAGAAGAAUUGGAUACGAGAAGAGCAGACUGCUUCCCCGAGGUUGUAGAGCAUUCGUAUCGUUAGUUGUCAAUCCUGUACUGGUUCCUCAGACAUGCCGCACAUCUUCAUUAAUCAAUUAACAAAGUUCGCGGAAUUGAGGCUAAUAAAUUAAAAGAACACAAUUAUUUGUUUUUCUCUUUUCGAAAAAAAUUAAUUUUAAAAAGAAUUAAUGACAAUUUAAUAUACAAUUUGAAAUAAUAUUAAAUUCACGACAUCGUCUCGUUUUAUUUAAUCUGAGCAAAAGUCAAAAUAAUCAUCUUGUGAUAAUAUCACAAAUUUAUGAGAUUUUGUUAAAAAAUCAAGAAUACAACUUGGAAAUAAUUGGAAAUCAUUUUCAAUAGUAAUAAAAUUGUUUAUCAUCAAUUAAAUCUAAUUGUGCCAUGUCUGAGGACCAUAUAUAAAUAAGAAUUCAAGUAGCAUGGUUUGGAAUUUUGCAAGGACGAAGGACGUGCAAAGUCCUUGUGCAAAAUAUCAAAAUGAAGGAAAAGAGAUACAAUUAUUUCUGUUGAGCGUAAUACCUAAGAGUGCAGAGAAUGGCGCUGUGAAUAACCAUCGGAAUAAUUCGAAAUGAUGUAAAAGAGAUUUCGCUACGUUGUGAAAUUAGCGAAACAGAUUGGCAGGUGAACUGCUAUUUAUUUACUUUGUCACAGACACGCAUUCAUGACACAGCACAUGGCGUUGUGUGUGGCAAACGACAGAAAGUGGGUACAUGUGCAUUUGGUCAUUAAAAAAAAAAAGACAAUAAGUCACUCGCUGCAAACGUACCUAAAAAAGGAUCUUAGGAUCGUUUUUCUCGUUCAAAAAAUUCAGCGGGGGAAAAAACACUUUCUAUCUCUAUUCAUUUGUCUUCGUAUACUCUUUUACUCUUGAAAGUAAAAAGAAAACAGAGAAUCGACCAGAAAAUUUGAAAGUGCAUUUUGUCUAAUAUAUAAUUAGUCGUGUUUGAAUUCAUAUGUUUCGAACAUUUAGAGACUGAAGUCCAUUGUUAAGUCAAGUUGCGUGCAAAUUGCAACGCGAUAACCGACCGUUUUAACUCUUUUCGAACGUAUCCGGAUAUUUCUUUAAUUUAGAGAAAUACUUUAGAACAUCGAAAGUCCCCAAGAAAUUCUUUCAACUAUAUAAAAUUUUGAAAUCUUUUUAUUAGGAUAUUGAUUUGUCAUUAAAAAAAAAGGAUUAUAAUUGUAAGUUGCCACUUAUCAGAGCGACGAGAUCUAUGUCCUAAAGUGACAAUAAUUCAAACCUUCGCGAGACAAUAAUUCUCUUCGUGGACAAUAAUUAACAGCGAGGUUUGAGGAAAAAUGGUAAUCGUGAAAGAUCUCAGUGCGCGCGACAUAGCUCAAUCACUGAAACUUUUAGGUAUUCCCCGUUAUCCGUAUGUGACGUGUUUAGUUAUUUACGCGAAAUAAUAGAAAUAUAGCAAUAAAGGCGGAAGAUUACGCGAAUCAAUAUAACAUAUGACGUAAAUCGCUUAUCGGGAAUGAAGUUAUGCAUAAAUAUGCGAUAUCUUUACGCACACACAGAUUACAGUACAAUUUGAUCUACGAUAACGACGGUAAUAUCCAUACAGCGCAGAUAUUCGGAAAAUAUUUUUAAAUACCCGUUAGGCAUGCAUCUAAAUUGAAGCAUUCAAUUUUUUAAAUAUUCCUUAACUUUCUGGCAUAUGCAUAUUGCAAUUUACAAAAAUUGGAUAAAACUAAAAAGAAUUUACCAGAUCAAAUAUACGAUAACGCUAACGAAAGUUUAGAAAUCUGGAAAAGUAUUUAAACAUCGAAGAAA